AUGUGCAGAGCAGAUUUCUACCAAGAAGACGUGCAGACGGCCGAGCCCAGGAUCAUCGACAGUGAGAAUGAGGCCCUCCUGGCAGCGCUCACCAAGACCCUGGACGACAUCCCUGAAGACGACGUGGGUCUGGCUGCCUUCCCGGCCCUGGACGGUGGAGACGCACCAUCCUGCACUUCGGCUUCACCUGCCACCUCAUCUGCACCCCCCAGCCCCAGCCCCUCGCUGGAAAGGCCCCAGGCCCCGACGCCUGAGGUGGACGAACUCUCCCUGCUGCAGAAACUCCUCCUCGCCACGUCCUACCCGACCUCAAGCUCCGAUACCCAGAAGGAAGGGACCGCCUGGCGCCAGGCAGGCCUCAGGUCUAGGAAUCAGCGGCCCUGUGUCAAGGUGGACGGCACCCAAGACAAGAAGGCCCCCACGAUGCAGUCUCAGAGUCGGAGUUGUACAGAGCUGCAUAAGCACCUCACUUCGGGGCCAUCCUGCCCCCAGACUAAAGCCCGCUCCCCAGACAGGGGCUUGCAGCCACCACCCUCCCUGAGUCCCCAGCUCCCAGCCAAGGAGGAGGAGGAAGCUGGUGAGGACUGCCCGAGCCCCCAGCCGGCUCCAGCCUCGCCCCAGGACUCCCCAGCCCCGGGCAGGGCAGGCCCCGGCGCCCAGGGGUCCCGGGAGGACAUGCAGGAGAUAGUGAAGCUCAUUCGCUACAUGCACACCUACUGCCUUCCCCAGAGGAAGCUGCCCCCACAGGCCCCAGAGCCAGCCCCCCAGCCCUGUGGCAGCCCCUCCAAGCAGGUCAAACCCCGGCCCCGGUCCCAACACCCUUCCAAAGGCUCCUGGGCUGAGUUCUCCAUCCUGAGGGAACUUCUGGCUCAAGAUGUCCUCUGUGAUGUCAGCAAACCUUACCGCCUGGCCACACCUGUCUACGCCUCCCUCACGCCCCGGCCCAGGCCCAGGCCCCCCAAAGACAGCCAGGCCUCCCCUGGCCACCCGUCCCCCGUGGAGGAGGUGAGGAUCACAGCUUCGCCCAGGAGCACCGGGCCCAGACCCAGCCUGCGCCCACUGCGGCUUGAGGUGAAAGGACAUGCCGGCCGGUCAGCCAGGCUGCAGCGGGAGGAGGAAGAGGAGGAGGAGGAAGAGGAAGAGGAGGAGGAAGAGGAGGAGGAGGAGGAGUGGGGCCGGAAAAGACCGGGCCGAGGCCUGCCGUGGACCAAGCUGGGGAGGAAGCUGGAGAACGCGGUGUGCCCCGUGCGGCGUUCCAGGAGACUGAACCCGGAGCUGGGUCCCUGGCUGGCAUUAUCCGAUGAGUCUCUGGUCCCUGCGGAGCCCCAAGGAGCUCUGCCCUCGCUGCGCCUGGCUCCCGAGGCCUACGACAUGGCGGGGGCACUGGGCAGCCCCACGGAUGAGGACAGUGGCCAAGACCAGCAGCUCCCACGGGGACCCCAGAUCCCGGCUCUGGAGAGCCCCUGUGAGAGUGGGUGUGGGGACACGGAUGAGGACCCCAGCUGCCCACGGCUCCCUUCCAGAGACUCUCCCAGGUGCCUCAUGCUGGCCUUGUCACAAAGUGACCCUCCUUUCGGCAGGAAGAGCUUUGAGCAGACCUUGACGGUGGAGCUCUGUGGCACCGCAGGACUCACCCCACCCACCACACCUCCCUACAAGCCCACAGAGGAGGACCCCUUCAAGCCAGACGUCAAACACAGCCCAGGCGGGGACAGAGCUCCCAGCCUCCCCAGCUUGGAGGGCCUCCAGCUCGGGGCCGCCCCCGUGGCUGCCCACAAGCUGCCAAAGAAGCACCCAGAACGGAGCGAGCUCCUGUCCCACCUGCGGCAUGGUACAGCCCAGCCAGCCUCCCAGACUGGUCAGAAGCGCCCCUUCUCCUGUUCCUUCGGAGACCAUGAUUACUGCCAGGUGCUCAAGCCAGAAGGUGCCCUGCAGAGGAAGGUGCUGAGGUCCUGGGAGCCGUCUGGGGUCCACCUUGAGGACUGGCCCCAACAAGGGGCCCCACGGGCUGCGGGGCAGGCCUCCGACAGGGAGGAAGACAGAAGCUGUGACGGUGGUGCCCCCACCAAGGACAGCGUGCUCCUGAGAGACCACGAGAUCCGCGCCAGCCUCACCAAGCACUUCGGGCUCCUGGAGACCGCCCUGGAGGACGAAGACCUGGCCUCCUGUAAGAGUGCUGAGUAUGACACAGUCUUUGAGGACAGCAACAGUAGUAGUGGUGAGAGCAGCUUCCUCCUGGAGGAGGACGAGGACGAUGAAGAGGACGACUCAGGGCUCAGCCCCCCUCGCUCUGACCACUGCCCCUACCAGAGCCCCCCAAGCAAGGCCAGUCGGCAGCCCUGCUCCCGCAGCCGCUCCAGCUCCGGCUCCACCUGCCGCUCCUGGUCACCAGCCACCCGGAGGACCUUCAGGUAUGGAUGGGUGGCCUCGAGGGACAGUGGGCAGCUGAGGACCGCAGUUCCCAGGGUGCCAAGGGAGGGAGGAGCCCUGAAGCCGGGGCUGUGUCUCCCCAUGUGGCCCACGUCUGGUCCGAGGCCCUGGAGGUUCUCCCUGGGGGAUUUGUGGGCAAGUUCUGGAAGCAAGCAAAGCCUGCUAUGUGAUGGUCAGGAGCCACCCAAAUCUCUUGGCCCUGGGAGAGCAAGAAAGCCCACUUCCUGGCCAUUCGUGGCCUUUAUGUCUAAAUGA